CAGCAGCAGUGGGUAGAGCCCCCAACGUCCCGCUUUAAAGCUCGGCGCUCGAAUGCUAGUCUAGUGGCGCGUUUCCUUGCGAGCUCUCGACACUUCGAGCCGCUCAAAGAGAUCGCCGUUGCUUAUUGCAGUAGGAUCAUGGAUGACCAAAACAGAAACGUGAGCGUGCGAUUGGACCUGGAGAUGAUCCGUGAGCUUAUCGCCGAAGAAGAUCCAGACGUGGAGGUGCUGGAGUUGGACGAGUCGCCGGGCUCCGGGCGCGGCGAUAAUUACACGUCCAUGCUGUACCGUCUGGGCGUAAAGGGCCGCAGACGCUCAAACAGCGAGCCGUGGGAGAAGUCCAUAAUCUACAAAGUGCUGCCAGACUCGAAGGAGCUCCGCGACGCCUACAAGAACGAGCUGCUGUUCAUGAACGAGGUGGUGUUCUACACGAAAGUGUGGCCGGCUCUGAUGGAUUUGCAGAGCAACGGGCGCAGGGUCUUCGACGGGUUGGCCAAAGUUUACAUCGCCAAGCCCGACUUGAUUGCCAUGGAAGACCUCAAGGCCAAAGGCUUUAAGAUGGCCGAUAGAAAGAAGGGCUUGCAGGUGGACAAGCUGAAAGCCGUGCUGAAAGCUCUGGCUGGCUUUCACGCGCUCAGUUUGACUCUGCGAGAGUCGAGGCCAGAGGUGUUCGCGAGGCUGUCGGGCAGCGACGCCACCCAGUCCGUGCAGGAGACGCUGUUUCGGGUGGAGAACGAGGACUGGUACCGGCAGUACUAUCGCACGGCCACGUCCAACGCGCUGAAGAUGGUCUCGGAGACGCUGCCGGCGGACGUGAAGCCGAGCCGCAGCGAGAUCCUGGCCAAGUUCAAGGACUUCCUCGGCGAGGACAAGUUCUUCCGCACGAUGUGCGAGCUGGCCGCGCAGCAGGGCCCGCUCACGGUCUUCUGCCACGGCGACUGCUGGACCAACAAUUUCUUGUUCAAGGAGAAGACCUCGCACGACUCCGAGGCGGUCUGCCUGGUGGACUUCCAGCUGAUGCGCGUCGGCUCGCUGGCCCUCGAUCUGGCCUACUUGCUCUACUGCUGCACCACCGGCCAAGUGCGCAGAGUGUUCAUGACUCAAUUGCUGCAGCACUAUCAUCGCCACCUCAUGUCCGCGCUCUACGUCCUUGAUCCGGCUGCCGAGGCGACCAGAGAUCCCGCCACCAUGUGGAGCCUGUUGACCGAGGAGAUGCGACGCUGCGGUCGCUUCGGAUUGGGCUUGGCGCUCGAUAUCCUGCCGAUCAGCACGUGCACGAGCGACCAGGCGCCCGAUCUUUACGUGGCCCACAAAGACGACGUGCCCGAUGAGGAGGGCCGAGCCUUGGCUCCACCGCCCGGCGGAGCGGAGUGUGCUCGCCUCAUGACCGAUCUGGUCGUCGAGCUCGUACGCAAUCGAGCUCUCUAAACAAAUGUUUUUCCCUCGAUCGCCGAAUCACCUUGUAUCAUAAUGGCGUUAUUUUACUAACAAGCAAAUUGCCGUACGUUAGUUACUCUCUUUACGCACCGAUACUUCUUUUGGCUCGUUAUUUUGAUAAAAACUUGUACGCAGCACUUGAGACACGUAUACCCCAUAGUAGAUGUACCGUCUAGUCAGAAGAAAAUCAUCAAUUGCUCGAGUAAUCAUUUUCUGUAAAGGUUCGAAACGAAGCAUUCCAGUUAGUAUUAUGUCUACGUCUGGUAUCAUAAAAUUUAAUUAACAAAUUAAUAUGCCAAAAUAGCCUAGUUACAUUGUACAUAAAUAA